UUUGUCUUUCUCUGCGGGAUUAAAAGUGACAAACAUCUUUUUGUUUCGUGCUGAAAUCAUGAACUUGUUUUUAUUGGUUCUUCUGGUCGUGCAAAUGCACAGCGUGACGCCUGUGAUUCACACGCUGCAGUAUUUCACCACUGCGUCCUCUCAAGUUCCAAACUUCCCAGAGUAUGUGAUUGUUGGUUAUGUUGAUGGAGUUGAGAUUAGUUACUAUGACAGCAACAUCAGGAAAACAGAAUCCAAACAGGACUGGAUGAACAAAAUCACAGCAGAGGAUCCAAAAUACUGGCAGAUAGACACAGAGAUCAGUGUUGGUCAUGAGUUUACUAACAAACACAACCUUGAAAUUCUUAAGAAGCGUUUCAACCAAACUGGAGGUGUUCACAUUUUCCAGUGGAUGUAUGGAUGUGAAUGGAAUGAUGAGACUGAUGAGGUUAAAGGUUGGCAGCAGUCAGGUUAUGAUGGAGAAGAUUACAUAUCGUUGGACAUGAAGACAUGGACAUGGACUGCAGCAAAACCACAAGCUUUCCCUGACAAACUCAAGUGGGACCAGAACAUAUUUCUACUAGACGACCAGAAGUAUUAUUACACUGAGCUUUGUCCUUCUUACUUGAAGAAGUAUGUGAAGAAUGGGAAGAAGGUCCUAAUGAGAACAGAGCUUCCAGAGGUGUUCCUCCUCCAGAAGACGCCAUCCUCUCCAGUCACCUGCAUGGCGACAGGUUUCUACCCCAACUUAGCCGACCUGUUUUGGAGGAAAGACGGCGAGCAGAUCUUCGAGGACGUGGAGCACGGAGAGCUGCUCCCCAACCACGACGGAACCUUCCAGAUGUCAGUGGAGCUGAAAGUGGAGGUGACGGCCGAGGUGGAGGGCAAGUACGAAUGUGUGUUCCAGCUGUCUGGCGUCAAGGAGGACCUGGUCACCAAGCUGGAGAGAAGAAGCAUCCUGAGCAACGCAAGCCCUGUUCCACUGGAAUCAACAUUUAUGUCCCAACUGGACAGGUACACUCCAAAACUCCUGGAGCUCUUCAGUGCAAAAGGAGGAGUGACUGGUCAGCGCAUCAAGAACUUGUUGAUGGAACUGAUACAGGACCCAAGUGCCUCUGCAGUGAUGAAGAGAGAUGUGACUCUGAGAUGCCUCGGAGACUACAUGGGAGAGAGUGGACAGGAGCUAAUCUCUGACUACUGUGGAAGUGCAGAGACCACUGUUCAUGAGGACCUGGAAAUGAAGAAUAUGAGCAUCUACAUCUGUCGUGAGCCAAAUGCAGUAGGAAUCAUCAUUGAGGGAGUACCAGUCCUUACUCAUCUUGGAAACCUGGCCAAAGCCUGCUGCCUACCUCUGGGGUUGACAGAGAGAGAUUCCGACGGCAAGGACUUCGCACCUCGAUGUAUAGUGGGCGUGGCCAUGGAGCUCGUCAAACAACGUCCGCACCGAUACCCGUUGUCGAUGCCUUGCCGAUAUCACGGGAGGAGGAACCCAUGCAGCUUGGAGGGAAUCGUCUCUCUCAAGCAGAGAGAGAUCGUCGCCUUCGUCUUCUGCUUUGUCUAUAUUGCGGAAAAGCUGAGCAUCGCAUCUACCACUGUCCUCAUCGUCCUGCACGCCGUCGCACUCAAGCGUCACCUCGUAUAA